UUUGUAGCUGCCUCUGUUUGUCACGUUUGCUCUGUUGUUUUUUUAAAAUUUUUUACGCCGCAUCAUUUAGUUGUGAUUAGCUGCUUGUUAUCGGUUGCUAGCCCUUUUUCGCCUGUUGUGGCCACCCUAGCUGCUGCUUGGCUAUCGGGGAGGAGGAAGAGGAGGAGGAUGAGGAGGAAGGCUCGACCGAACAUCUGUUGCUGGGUGUCCGAAUUUGAGGAUUUGUCUCCUCUAAACGCCAACCUUCAUUUUCUUUCUCCUCAAGUAUUAAUCAACGGCCAACCUGCUUUGCUAGGAAUUACCAUACUGCCCUCUGUUGCAGCUGGAAUCCUCAGAGUGAUUUUACGGUCUUCAUUUCACAAUCAUCCCCCCCCCCCCACCUUUGAACUUCCUCCGUCUUACACUUGGAUCUCCUGCGACACAGAGCCAUGGCAGCUGCUAAGCCAAAAGGGCAGAACUCUCUAGCCCUUCACAAAGUGAUCAUGGUGGGCAGCGGAGGCGUGGGGAAGUCGGCCCUCACUCUCCAGUUCAUGUAUGAUGAGUUCGUUGAAGACUACGAGCCUACCAAAGCAGACAGUUACAGGAAGAAAGUGGUGCUGGACGGAGAGGAGGUACAGAUCGACAUCCUCGACACAGCCGGACAGGAGGACUACGCAGCCAUACGGGAUAACUACUUCCGCAGCGGCGAGGGUUUCCUCUGCGUGUUUUCCAUCACAGAACUGGAAUCAUUUGCAGCAACAGUAGACUUCAGAGAGCAGAUCCUGCGAGUGAAGGAGGACGAGAACGUGCCCUUCCUGUUGGUCGGUAACAAAUCAGACUUGGACGACCGACGGCAGGUCAGCGCGGACGAGGCGAAGGCUCGUGCCGAACAGUGGGGCGUGUGCUACGUGGAGACUUCUGCCAAAACCCGUGCCAAUGUCGACAAGGUGUUCUUUGACCUGAUGAGAGAGAUCCGGGCGAGGAAAAUGGAGGACAGCAAAGAGAAGAACGGGAAGAAGAAAAGUAAAAGUUUGGCCAAGAGAAUUAGAGAGAGAUGCUGUAUUUUAUAGUGGUAAGAGAGAGCAGGAUACGCUGCUUAUGUACAUAUACAUUUCUCAGACUUUUGCAUUUAUUUUGUGCCCAUACCUGACCAUGACCUUCUGUUCCUGGCUGACAGGACAUCUGACCGUGUGUCAGGGAGUAGUAAGGUGGCACUCCAUACACCAUUUAUAGCUCUAACUUUUUAUGUGCUGACACUCCAAAUAAUUUAUGUACUCUCUCUCUCUCUCUCUCUCUCGCUCUCUCUUUCUCUCUCUCUCUCUCUCUCUCUCACUCUCUCUGUCUCUCUCUCUCUUACUCUGACCACAUUACAGAGUGUAAUACAUGGAUGGUGUUUUUAAUUUAGGCCUAAGCUUGACAAAGAGGCUGAGCCCUGAAAUGUUCCAAAACCUUUCAUUGUAAAGUUUGAUGUGUAUAAUAUAUUCAGACAACUGUGCAGUUCAAGAGAAAAAAAAGAUAAAACAUGA